AUGCGUGUGACUUCCGUCCUUACCGGCCUCCUAGCCAGCGCCUCGGCCGCCUCCAUUCCCCGCCAAGCGCAGCCCUCGGCGUGGAGCAUCACCAACUUCUUCGCAUCCGGCGCCCCCCACAGCAUCACCACCACAUACAGGUUCGACAUCACCGACGGCAGCACCUCCGCCUACUGUGUGGCUCUAGUCUCGACCACGCCUGACAUCGGCUACGCCCCUCUCGGGGAAUGCGACAAUCCGACGUAUUCGUUCUCCUUCGGCCUGGGCCCCUACAACGAGACGGAGCCCGGGUAUAACCUGCAGAUCUGGCAGGCGGACCCCCAAGACGCUUCUUGCGGAGCGGAGGGGACGCGGUGUGUGUACACGGGGAUCAAGUUCUUUCCGGCAAGCGACGUGGAGACGGUUGUUGACCCGAAUAACCCGAAUGGCAACUAUGAUCGGUUGAAUACGGCGCCGGACUUCACAAUUGAGCGUACUGGGGUGCACAUUUAA